CCCCCACCCCCGCCCCGCGCCAUCGCCCUCGGCGCCCCCGUGCGGGCGAGCGCGGCGGCGGCGGUUCCCAUGGAGAUGGAAGAUGGCGCCCAGGGACCGCCAUCGCUCCUCGGCUCCGCUGCAGGUCCUGCUCUUCCUCAAUGGCUGGUACUGCGCCACAUAUUUUCUCCUGGAAGCGUUCGUGUUCGUGUACAAAGUGCUGCUCCUGCCCUAUCCCGUCUCCAACUUGGUGCUGGACGUGGUGCUGCUUCUCCUCUACCUCGGCAUUGAGGCCACACGCAUCUUCUUCGGCUCCAAGGGGAACCUGUGCCAGCGGAAGGUGCCGCUGUCCCUCAGCCUGGCACUUACAGUGCCGGCAGCUGUGCUGGCCGUGUACUACCUGCUGCUCCAGACAUAUUCCCUGCGCCUGGAAGCGUUCCUGAGUGCCAUCCUGCUCCUCUUCUAUGGCCUGGAGCUGCUCCUGGGCUUCCUGGCACUUCUCUCCUUCUCCAGGUGCCACAUCCCAGGAACUGGGGGAGCCGGCGUGGGAGCUGCCAGGUUGGUUUGGCACCCACACAUCCUGUCUCUGUCCUUUUCCACAGCGUGGAUCCCUACUGAGGACACGGCCCAGGGAUGCAGGGGAGCAUCACCAGCUCCAUUUCCCAGCCCCAGGAAGGGGGAGGAUCCCUCCUUUCCCACUGCCCAUUUCACCUUGCGCCACCUGGACACAUCUGUCCCACCUUUGUUGCUUCUACGUGGACAUAUCCCUCUCAUUUUUCUUGCUUCCCACUUCACCAGGGACCUGCUGCCAGAGAUUCAUCUCUCCCUUUUCCCACUUCCCACUUCACUCACUACUCCCUGGACAUAUCCCUCUCACCUUUCCCAUUCUCCAAUCCACUUGGACUCCUCAGAGCUUGAGCCAGCUCAAGGAAGGCAACAGGAGCGCUGUGUAAAAGACUGACAAUGUCAUCUGAGUUUAUUACACAAUUCCAACCUAUCCAAAGACAAAUCUAAUCACUGC